GGCUCCUACACUGGUAGGUGAUAAAAAUGCUUGGUCGUCACAAUGGUCGCGGCAAUCUGGAUGUUAUCAUUGCACACAUAAGUCACAUGUUUUGGUCUUUGGACACAACUAUCUCAGAUUUUAUACGUUUCUGUUAUGUGUGAACUUUAUUAAGUGUAGUCAUGGAAGAAAGGAAAAUAAUUUUCAUUCAUAAAAUUGGCCUAACAAUGUUCGUAGCUUUGUUCAUCACGACAUGGCAAAUAGAUACCGUUGAUUCGGCUGAACAUGGAGAAAAAAGUGAAAGUAACCAUACUGAAAGAUACAAACUCGCUGCUUGGAACUUCCAUCAUGUAGAAAUACCAUACGUGAUAUGUCUGUGGGUUUUAUUAGCCAGUGUUACAAAAUUAGCAUUCCAUCUAUACAAGACGCUGUCAGCCAACAUCCCUGAGAGCUGUCUUUUGAUAACACUGGGUGUAUGUACUGGUGCUGUUCUCCAUUAUAGUAAAGCAGCAUCUACCGACCAGUAUGUCCUGAAUGCUGACACAUUCUUUUUGUUUCUCUUGCCUCCCAUCAUCUUUGAUGCUGGCUAUCACAUGCCCAAUAGAGCUUUCUUCAAUAACCUUGGAACUAUCCUGCUUCUGGCUGUGGUCAACACAUUAUGGAAUACAGUAGCCAUUGGUUUAAGUUUAUGGGGAAUGUCUUAUAUUGGAUGGAUAGAGAGAGAUAUAAGCUGGCUUCAUUGUUUUUUAUUUAGUGCUCUUAUAUCAGCUGUUGACCCUGUUGCUGUUCUAGCCAUCUUUGAAGAAAUCCAUGUCAAUGAGAUGUUAUACAUCAUUGUUUUUGGAGAAUCGUUACUUAAUGAUGGAGUAACAGUGGUGCUGUAUCAUAUGUUGGAAUCUUAUUCUGAAAUUGGAGAGACAAACAUAUUACCUAUAGAUGUUGCUACUGGCUUCUUCUCAUUCUUUAUUAUUGCACUAGGAGGAACGCUAAUUGGUAUAAUAUAUGGACUUAUUGGAGGUUUUAUAACUAAAUAUACAGAAUCUAUUAAAGUUAUUGAACCAUUGUUUGUGUUUGUACUUGGAUAUUUAGCCUAUCUUACUGCUGAAAUGGUUCAUCUUUCAAGUAUUUUAGCUUUAACAUUUGGUGGUAUUACAAUGAGACAUUAUGUAGAGUUAAAUAUGACAAAGACAUCUAUAACAACAUGUCGUUAUUUUAUGAAGUUAAUGGGCAACAUCAGCGAAACUGUCAUCUUUAUGUUUCUGGGUUUGUCUACAGUAGUGGAAACACAUGAUUGGCAGUUAGAUUUUAUAUUUUUCACGCUUCUGUUCUGUAUAGUAUUUAGAGUUAUGGGUAUUGUUACUAUAGCAUUUUUUGUAAAUAGAACUCGGUUAAUACAACUAUCAAAGUUUGAUCAGUUUAUUAUGUCAUAUGGUGGACUACGAGGUGGUAUUGCUUUCUGCUUAGCUUUGUUAUUAAAUGAAGACGUUAUACCAGAAAAACGAAUGUUUGUAUCAACAACAAUAGUUGUCGUCUUUUUUACAGUAUUUCUUCAGGGUAUAACUAUAAAACCAGUUGUCAAUGCUCUGAAAGUAGAGAAACAUGUCUCAGAUGAUAACCCAACUAUGAAUGAAAGAUUCCAUAGACGGUUUAUUGAUCAUUUAAUGGCUGGUAUAGAAGAUAUUGUUGGACGUACAGGACAUAAUUCUUUACGUGACAAGUUUGAGCAUUACAACACCAAAUAUCUUAAACCAUUUUUAUUACGAGAGAAACCAAAAACCAGAGAAACAAAGAUAUUUAAAGUUUUUACGCAGAUUAAUAUGCAGGAAGCCAUGGAUCACAUUGCCACUCAUGGCCAUUUUAAAACACCAUCUGUUAUACAAGAGCCAUCAUUAGCUAAAGUCAUACGAUCUUAUUCUACUCAGUCUUUAUGUCCAUCCUCCACAGGUGAUACUGUUAUAGACAAUAAAACUGUGUUAGACAUGCAAGCCGUAGAUGUAUAUUAUAGUAAGAAAAUGGCAGAUGACAGUCGAAUACAUCAUAUUUUAGAAGAUGCCAUGUUUAAACCACGAAAAACGUGGGUAAAAGAGAAUCAUUAUCAGUUGUCAGAAGUUCAUAAUCAUCCACCAUUCCGACAUAAAGAACGUUUUCAGUUACGAAGAUUUAUUAGUCAAGCAUAUCGUUUAAAAUCUAGUCAACAACAAAAUGGUGUGGCACAUACUGUGAUAGAAGCACCUAAACCUCCUAAAAACGUUAGUUUUAGUGAACUACCAACAACUACAGCUCAACCAAUGCAAGAAAUCGAAGAGGAAUGCCCUAAUUCUCCUACAGAAAGUGAUAAAAGUCAUGUCAAAUUCACCUUAGGUCUGUCAGAAAUUACACCUGUAGAUGCAAUUAAAAGUCCCUCUCCACCCCCAGCCAUAAAAGUACAACCACCACGUCCUGCACCACCAACAGAAACAGAAGUAGAGUGGUCAUUGCCAUGGAAACGACAGGUCACAAAUGAUCCCUUACCGUCUGCUGCAUCAUUAGACAUGCCUGAUGAUGACAGGCCAUUGUUUUCACCUCUGCCUUCUUGGGCUUGUAAUCCAUCUUAUCAUCAUUUGAAAGAUUCAGGGUCACCAUAUGUUUCACCAGAAACCACAAUUACUGCUCCACCUCCCGUCAAUAAUCAGCCAUCUGUGUUUGAAGUUUUUCAGACUGUGAAUGACGAUCAAAAAGAUAAAACAGACAAUAUACCUCCUCCAUGGAAAGAAAAUAAUGAAAUAGAGCCAGUGACGGCUCUUCUUAGUAACGUUAUGUCGGAUAAAGCUAAUCAUAAUUUGCAUUCUUUUCAUGAUGAUAAAUGUAUACCUUCUUCCCAUUCUGUGAUUAUACCAAGUGAUACUGAUGACGAUCUCCCAAAAAGUUCUAAUCUUCCAGGCAGCACUUCCAAUUUGGUUCCGAAACAUUGGCAACCUAUUGAAAUGCAGUCCAUUCCACGUAAACGUUCAAUGUUAGAAGCUGAAGCUCUAAUGGAUGAAUACGCAUUUCAACAAGAAGUUUCAAAUAGGGUACAGAAAUGGUUAGAAUCUAGUAAUAGUGACGUUGAACCAGGAGAUGUUAAGAUGGAGGAUGUAGAAGAUGUAGAAGAAAAUGAAGCAGAAUCUGAUAAUGAAACAAGUUAUCUAUAAUAGUGUUUUUAAAAAUUCACCGAUCUUGGCUGCUUCAACUAUAGACUAGUUUCUCUUAUUGUCUGCAAUCUCACUGUGGUGAAAGUGGACAUUAAAUCAAGCUAUUACACACAGUUUCUUUUCAAUGGUUGCUAUGCACAACAACCUAUUUGUCAUUUUGUGCUAAAUAAAAGGAAAGAGAAUUUAUGUUAGCCUUAGAAUUAAUAAGCAGAUUUAUUUUAAUAUAAAGAAUGUUGCAGAAAUUUAUGUGUAGAACCUCUGAAAGCCGACAACACUGGAUUCCCAAUAUAAUAAUAUCCUGAAUCAGGAUAAUAUCGCAGGUUGUGUUUUAAGGUUGGGGUGUUAAAGUAAAGUCUGUGUUUAUGAUAUAAUAUAAAAGUCUGGCAAAAAAUCAGGGCUAUAGCUUAAGGGGUGUUUGUCAUAUAGAGUACUACAGAAGUGUACCCUGCCUACUUUUUUAUAUAUUUUGUUUCAGUACCUGUCUCUCUGUAAAUGUACUCAAUAGGAUGUUUACGAUAAUUGUGAUGUGGCACUGUAGUAAAAUGUCGCUGCCACAAUGCCUACAAUGUAAGUUUAGUAGAGGAAAUAAUCAUGUAUGUCAUGGAGCUUCAUGCAACCAGCACCAUAUUGCAGACUUUUGUGGGAAGUGUUCCAUUAACAACAGGACUGAUGUAAACUGUCAGUAAAGGAGGUGAAAUGACAAGGGAAAUAUUAGUUUUGAGAAAGUGACAAUGACAUUGGACUAAAGAUUUAUUUAGUUUCCACGAUUAUCUAUUAGUGCUUUGAUUUAUCACUAUUUUAUAACAUCAAGUCUUGCAGUCAUUCAUAACUCUAUAGAAAUUACAACACUGGUGCAUUUACCAAAAUAUACUUUUUCCAUGAGUUGAGUACAUAUCUGUUUACUUCAGUGGUGCUCUAUAGGAUAACAACCCCUUCAGUCCUUGUAUAUAUAACAGGAGAGUGAUCAAUCAAAGCAUUAUUUAUUAUAGUGAUUUAUCUUAUAAUAUCUAUAGCCAAAAUAGAUCAAUUUAUAGACAUUUAAAAUAGUAAUUAAUCAAAUAAUCUGAUAAUUUAAAAUAAAUUAGUAAUUAAUCAAAUAAUCUUAUAAUUUGAAAUAUCAUGUCAGCUUGAAUUUGAAAUAUCAUGUCAACUCGAAAUUUUGUUUAAUUAUCAACUAUGUCAGCAUCAAGAGAGAUCAAAUUUAUUUUAAUGUAUAUUUGUGUGUAAAUUGAUUAAUAAAUUAUAGAAUGUCAAUUGUUUAAAAGUUAAUAUAUAUAUUCAUGCACGAUGAUAUUCAUUACUUUUUCAUUCAUUACUUUUUCGGUAGUAAAAAUAUAAUGAUAUAAAUAAUGUUCUAAAUGCUGAACAGUUAAGAGUAUUGUGAAUAAGACAUAUCUUACCAGUUUCCUUAGAUUUGAUGCUGACUAAUUUUGAUAUGAUUUUGAGUUCUUGGUAUCUGACGAUUUUUGCAGACUAAGUAAUAUAAUAUUAUUAAACAAAUGAAACUAAUUGUGUACAUAUAGUUGUUUAUAAUUUUAUUCAUAAUGAUUAUUAUAAUUGGAAAAGGAUACAAUGAUUAAUAUAUGUAUUAAAGUAUUAAAUAAUGUUAUCAAAAUAUGUAAAGUACUAGUCUAUAUAUAACACAGAACAGUUUAGUCAGUCUACAACAACGAACAAUUACAUAUUUAUUGCUAAGCAACUGUGAAUUAAGUGCCUUAAAAGUUCCAGGCAUGAUGCUUUAAGAUGAAAGAAGAUUGUUUUUAUACGUCCAUAUAUGUAAUUUGGUUGUAUUUAUUGAAAAUCCGAACAUUAAUACUAUUAAUUGCAUUCAUGCAGCCGUCUAAACUCCCUUAUCUUCCAAGAUGUUAAAAGAGGAGGGUUUAAUAACUGUAUGAAAUAUUUAGUAAGAGUAGUAUGGAUUUCGGUAUUAUCAUUUGUAAUAGAUUUCUACAAUUCCUAGUUUUUUCUCUUCAUAAGAUCUACAUGUGUAUUUAUGUUUCUAUUCAAUUUCUUAAAAUUUAGUCCUUAAAUUAAAUUCAAAGGUCUAAAAUGUAAAAAGAUUGAUUGUGUAUGAAACGGGUAAUGACAUUAAUAACUAAAAUAGUUUGCGUUUAUUCCUUUCUCAGGUCUAAUUUGUUGUCUGCAGAUUAAGCUUAAUUUGAGUAUGAGGUCUGAUGCUUGCUUGCACAUUUGAUAACACCCAUAAGGAAUAUGUGUAAAAUUCUAGUAAACAUCUAACAAUAAAUCUGACUUUAAUAUAGUGAAAUGAAAUAUAAAAUGUUUUAAGCAAAGAAUAUCAUCUUUAAUCAUACUUGUACUUUUUAUAUUUUUCUUAAGGCUAGUUUUAGAAAAUUGUGCUUCAAUGUCUUUAUGAAUAUUAUUUUGUAAAGUUUUAUCUAAUGUCUUAUAUAACAUUGAUUUUAUUCAAUAACCUUUAUCAUGACAUUUUUCUUGAUCUCUAAUAUCAUCACAUUUGCAUUAGCCACUUUUUAUCAAAUAUCUGUAUUAUGACAUUUUUUUUUCUAUCUUGAUGAUUAAAAUUAAUAUUUAUUAUAGUGGUUUUAUUGAAAGAUUUCUUGAUAUUUUUCAAAUUUUAAGUUUAUUUUGUUUACAAUAAAUGAAUUAAAUGCUACAAUUCUUAAUUGGGUUAAUUAAAGAUUGUUGUGAAAUGUAGAAUUUUGCGAUCUUAUCCGUUUUGCCAUCUACUAGUAGGAUCUUAAAUAAUUUGUCGCAGGGUAUUAAUGCAAGGUGGUGAUUUUCAUCAUUAUGUACUUUUGGCAUUAUGAUAGGUAAAGAAUGCUGUGUGACUGGUAUAAUAAAGUUCUAAUCAGCAUAAUACGUGGGUUUAUUACCUUAGGUGCAAUUAGAAUAAUAAGUUUUUUACUUAAUCAAAUUAAAAAAUAAUUUCUUUUAAACAAAUAAAAAUCUACAUGUACUUAUUAGUAUUUGAACAAUUUACACUAUGGUACUACUAGAUAUUUUAUCAGUAUAAUGGAUCAUACAAUAAAAUUAUGACUAGAACAAUUCAUCAGUGAGAACAAGUUUGUGAUUAUUUUAUUUUUAUCCUAUUUAUGUAAAAAUAUAAAUGUGUACACAUAUGCUUUAUACACAAAAAUAAAAAAAAUGAAUAA